AUGCAUUCUUACUUGGUGAUCGGUGGUAAUGGCUUCUUGGGUCAACAUGUUAUAGAGCAGAUCCGUUUGCGUAAAGAUGGCUCUACUAUUUCAGUAUUUGACAUUUCCGAACCUAAGGAGCCUCAAAGCGAUGUAAAAUAUUUCACAGGUGAUUUGCGCAAGUUCGAUGAUGUGUACAGUGCACUCGAAGGCAUCACGGCUGUCAUUCAUACUGCCUCACCUCCUCACGUGAAUUCGAGCAAUCCACCUAGAGACUUGUAUUUUGGCAUUAAUGUGGAUGGUACCAAAAAUGUUAUUAAAGCUUGUCAGGAAAAGGGCAUCAAGGUUCUCGUUGUGACAAGCUCUGGAAGUGUUAUUUCUAAUGGUGAGCCUAUGGUUAAUAUUGAUGAAAAUACACCUUAUCCAGAAAAGGCAAUCGAUGUCUAUACUGAAUCUAAGAUGGAAUGUGAAAAGGUGGUAUUAGCCGCUAAUGGCGAAAGAGGAUUACUAACCUGCACUAUCCGCCCUUCAGCUAUUUUCGGCCCAGGUGAUAGGCAACUUAUUCCUGGUAUGAUUGAAGUAUGUGAACGAGGCCAACAUCGUUUCCAAAUUGGCAACAACCAGUCCUUGAUGGAUUUUACCUAUGUUGGUAAUAUUGCUUAUGCUCAUGUACUGGCUGCUGAGAAAUUGGCUAUUCCUGGUUCUGGAGUUGCUGGCCAAGCUUUUAAUUUGACAAAUGGAACACCUGUGCCUUUCUGGGAUUUUGCUUCUAGGGUUUGGGCUGAAUAUGGUCACUACAUGCCUAACGACAAGAAGGUUAUCUUAUCUAAAGGCGCCAGUACGGUCAUUGCCCUCAUUAGCGAAACUAUUUUCAGUAUUAAGCAAUUAAUUUGGGAUAAGAGCCAACUUAAGGAAGGUUUAUCCAGAGCUAGAAUCAAACAAGCUAUGUCAUCACGUUACUUCAACAUUGACAAGGCAAGAACUCUAUUGGGUUAUGAGCCCCAAGUCGGCCUUGAUGAAGGCAUCAAAUUAAGUGUAGCAUAUUACAAAGAGCAUCAUCCUUCUAUUAUCAGCAAAUAA